GAAAAAGAUUGGUUAAAAUUGGCUGUUAGCAUUAGUUUAAUCACAAACAAUUUUUUCAAACUAGCUAAUUUAAUCUCAUUGGAUUAAGCUUAAAAUAAAUGAAAAAUUUGCAUUUUUAGAUGCAAAUAAUAUAAAAGGUAAAAGGUGAAAUUGCAAUUUGGUUAAACGUUGACGAAAAAUGAUAAAUCUCACAGAAUCUCUCAUUAUUACAUAUUUUUUGUUGAACCUCACUUUAACAAUUAAUGAAAUCAAAUUAUCAAUCGCUGUUUAGAUACCAAUCAAUUUAGAUUGUCAUCUUUUAUUAUUUCUCAACAGAUUGAUGGAUGAGAUUGUUAAACUCAUGGAUGUUACAUGAUUGUCGACUUGGCAAUGGUUGGACUUAAUUAGCUGAUUAGUUUGGGUUUAUGGACAAACAAUAGUGAAUAAUAAUUAAAUGAAAAUAAACUUGAGUUGAUUUUGAUAAUUUGGUAAAGGAUAAUGAAAGAUCUUGUUGGGAAACAAGAAAAUCUCUAAGAUAUCCUUUCAAGUUUGAUUUUUAAUGUUGUGAUUUAAGGUGAAAUACGAAUAAAUAGUCUAAACAAAUUGAUUAGAAAGGCCAAUAUGAAAGACAAUAAGUUACUCAGUCAUAAAAUAAAUAAAAAUGUCAGACCAAAAACAUUACCAGCAGGCAAAAUUCCAGUCCCGGAAAGCGAUCCGAUGACAACUGAAAUUCGUAAAUCGAUGUCUGGAAGCAUUACUUGUAUAUUAACAAACCAAGAUUUGAAAGAUAUGGCAAUUUAUUUGAUUAAGAUUGCUCAUUUCAGUUGUGGAUUAAAGGAAACGGACCCGCCUUACAAUUCACAUAAGGAUUUAAUGAUUCGUUAUAUUCAAGAAGUGUUCAACCUUAAUUCAGUCAAAUUGAAACAAUACCAGCAAAGUAUUUUGAAUAGUAAAGAUCAAAAUUUCAAGCCUGCUGUUAGAUGUUGGGUUAAAGAUGCAAGCAAUUUACCGACAAUGGACGCUGAUGGUUUCGUUGAUCCCUAUUUUGUUUGUUACCUACUCGGCUCAUCAUUGGCAGCACCAUUUAAAUCAAAUUACAUCCAAAAGGAACACAAUCCAGUCUGGAAUAGAGAAGUAAUUAUACCCAUUGAUGUUGAACUGGUUAACUCUAAUCGAGGUAUAAUGAUUGAAAUUUGGGAUCAUGAUUCAAUAUCUUUCACUGAAUUGCUCAGUAAGCUGCUAAAAUCUCGAUCUUUAGCCAAUCUGUAUCAUGGAUGUCGAGAUUUAAUUCAGCUGAUUGGCUACAAGUUGUGUGGAAGCAAAGUCGAUGACAAGAUUGGACAAACAUAUUUACCAAUAAAUACAAUCCCUUCAACUGAAAUGUCCCUGUCAACAACCCUUAUUGACUCUUAUGGAUACUCAACUGGUACAAUUAAUUUAGUUGUCAUUUGGGGAUCUCAACUUUACAAUGAUUUAAGUUCAAAGCUGAAAAUGAUUCCAAUGCAUUCAAAGAUUUUACGAUUUCUACUUUCAUGGCAUUGUCGUGAUAUUACAUUCAGGUUUAGGAACCGAGAAAUACCUUACAGUUCAUUUGAUUUCUGUGGCCUAUUUUAUGUACCAGCGUUGACCUUAAUCAAUCAAAUGCGAGUACAAAUCAACCUUGGUCAUUGGGAUAAUGUUUUAUUUUGUCACUGUGUUACUGGACUCAUUCUGAUUGAAGAGGUUAAGACAAAGCGAUCUAAUAAUUCUGACAAACAGAGGAAAGACUCAACAUGCGAUCCAAUAUGUUUCCGCACUCUGUUGAUUUCGUUGUUAUCCUCAAUCGAUUUAACUGAUCCUAAGCGCAAAUAUGAAAAUUAUUUAACCAAACCUUUGGAAGCAAUUCAAUCAGCGUUAGCUAAUGAAAUCUUUGACUUUUACAAGCCAAUGUUGCCAUCCAUGUUAACCAAUCUGAUUGAGAAGCAAAAGAAUUACUCCAAUUAUUAUGAAACUAUUCAGCUGUUGAGAUUAUUUAGCCGUUAUGACAAGUUAUUUUUUAAAUACAACUUCCGUCAUCGUCUCAAUCAGCUGCUGUCCACCAUAAUUCUCAACUAUUUUGACCGUAACAUUGCUAUACCUGAACGAUGGACAACCCUGAUCAAUUCACUGGAAGCCUUUCAAGAAAACAUAUCUCGAUAUUGGUGUCAAUCAAUUUCCUCAAUUAUUGGUUCCCCUGGCCAAAUUAGAAUAAAGAAAUCAUUCGAUUACGCAGCAGUUAAAUUUAUCAAUGAAACUAUUAGGCUUUGGAAUAAAGAUUCACGUGCGAAUCACAAAUCAAUGUUGAAUAUUUACUUUUUUGUCCAUCGAUUGGAUUUACUCUUUUGCUGUCGUCUAAUUGAAGAGCAUGAUAAAUCUGAUGGUGAAGCAACGGUCCAUUAUGUCCGACGAGUGGAGACAAUCAAUAGAUCGAUCCGACAAUUGGAGUUGAAGCAUAAACAAAUUGAAAAGGAAAAAAUGUCUCCAAGUCGGAAGUUAUUUACAAAUCUAUUGUCCAGCUUGAGUAAAAGUGUUUGGCUGACUAAAGAACAGAACUUUAUAUCUGACCAAAUGACCUCUCUAUUACCAGCAUCUAUUGCCUCUAUCACGGCUCAAACAAUCAGUCAAAUUCAAGUAAAAACAACGCAACAGAUUAUAAUAGCUCCAAGAGAUUUGCAGUUAAAUCGUGAUUUUCAAUUUAAUGGUAAAUGUAAUAAACUUGGAUUGGUAAAAGUGUUCCCACAUGAUUUGACGGAUAAAUGGAUUGAGAUGAUGACUAUCCAAGCUCAAGAGGCUGUUGAUAAAUCAGUUAAUCAGGAGAUGAGUAGAGAUGUUGCUAAAGAAGGAACUAAAAUGACCAACCACUUUAACCAAUUAUUUUAUGAUCUUCUUGGGUGUACAUUGUAUUUCUUUGUAACUCUGGACUGUUGGGGCGAGGAUUUACUUCGAAAAUCGGUUGGCCUGUUGGUCAGUAAAGUUGAAAAUUUCUGUGAAAAAUUGACUUUCCAAUCAUUGAAUAGCGUCAUUUCAUCUUCGUCAUCUUUAGAUGCCAGUUCAAGAUUAAUUAGAACACUUAAUGGACUGUCCAUUGUCCGAGAAAAGUAUCUUCGUCGGUAUUUGGUUGAAAUAUUGACAGAUAACAAAUCAAUUGAUAUUUGGAAAUGUUUUUGGGCUCAUUUUGCACUUGAACCAGUCUUUUUAGAUGAUAGCAAAGGACCGAAUAGUGACUUGGUUCAAAAAUCCAGUGAUUUGGAUAAGAUUAUUGUUUUAUUGAUGAAUUUUUUAAUCACGAUUGAAAACCUUUGUCAUGAUAUUAAUAUCAACGAAGACUCAUUGAUCGACAAGUUGAGUGAGGUGUUUUUAAGACAUUAUCUACAAACAGUUAAAGAUAUUAUCGAAGCAGCUGAUCAAAAAUCAACAGAAUCUUCCAAGAAAGAUUAUGAAGAGUUGAUUAUUACAUUUGCAAAUGAUGCAGCAAAGAUCAUUUCAAAUAUCUUCUCAGAUGACAUAAAAGCCAAUCUGCUGCUGGAUAUGCGACAUAAACUCUCAAUUUGUUUUCCAUCGAUGAUUAGAUCAUUGUCUGCCACUUAUGAGGCUGAAAAGAAAGUUAAUAAGGCUCGUAGUCAUUAUACCAAAAUACAAAUAGUUAAAUUAUCUUUGAUUGGUCAGGGAUUUUUGGAUGAAAUUGCUAAAAUGUUGGGUGAAAUUAAAAGUCCGCAGAGUGGAAAUUUGAAAACUUUGAUUGAGACUAAGGUUGACUUUUCUCUUGAUUUAAGUAACAUUGCUUCAGGAAUUAUUAGCGGAAAGUCAAAAUCGAAAAUAUAAUUAUGAUUUAAUCAAUGGUUAAUUCCAUACUCCUACCGUUGAGACAAUUGCAUGAUAAGUUAAUCAGUCGACUGGAUUUCCAGCUUUAUGAUACAAUUCUGAACAAAGCUUCAGUUCAAAAACCUAUUGGUUUUAUCUAUCUAAUAAGUUUAUUUUUGAUGUUGUAAAUUAAAAUUUUUGAAUGUAUUAAUUUUUCCAGAAUAUUGAAGAAAAAUUGAUUAAUUAAUUCUAGUCUUGAUCUGAAUUUUAAGAGAUUUAAUUAUUUUAAUGAAAUUUGGAAAAACCGCUUCACUUUGUUGUUUGAGGUUGCGCUGAUUAGCAUUAGUCGUUUAACUCGUCUCUUUGCUCGACAUUGUCGAGUCGAUAAUGAUGAUCGAACAAUAUCGAGGCGACAUUGUUAUACUAAUGAACGAAUUUGUAAUUUGUAAUUUAAGAUUAUUAAUUGCCGUGUGGGUUAGACUUAACUAAGUCAAAAUGCUACAUAUUUUAUUUAAGUAUUUCUGGUUCAAGUAAAAUAACUUCAAGUUAUAUCUCACUGUUAUGUUAUUCUUGUGCAACAUUUUAUCAACAUCUGAUUUUAUUUUACUCUCAUGAACAUAUUAAGUUUUUCGACUUGUUAUUCAUUUGUGC